AACACAUUGCAGCUGUAGCAGCCACACUUUUGGAGUGAAUUUAUCCAGCCUGCACACUUUGAAACAGUCACUGAAGGAGCCAAGAUGUGGUUCUCCUGGAUGCUGCUCCUGGCUUCUCUAGCUACGUCCACCGCUUCGUCAAGAAGUCGAGAGUGGGCUAUUCACGGAGCUGCAAUGUUUGCUGAUCUCACUCCCCAAGAGAUGAACGCCGUGAGAGACUACCUCUACUCCUGCAGCGAGCUGGGUCUCACCUCGGCACGAGACAAGUCCCUCAAGAAGAACAGCAUCCUCCUUAUGGAGCUGCACGUUCCUCGCAAGCACGAGGCGCUCCGUGCGCUGGACAGAGGACAGGCGAGACCUUCUCGGCAGGCACGUGUGGUGGUGCAGUUCGGCAACCAGGCGGAGCCAAAUGUUACGGAGUACAUCGUCGGACCCCUACCUUUCCCGAGGUCUUACCAGGUGAAGACAUUUAAGGGCGACCGUCCAAUCCGUUUCGAGUCCAGGCCGAUCUCCACUGUGGAGUACGAGCAUCUCAAUGGGGUUCUGGAGAAAGUAGGAGCUAAAGCAAACAAGAUUCUGCAAGAGAGCGCUGGGUUUACUUAUGGCAACUGCACUAAUCGUUGCUUGACCUUCUCAGACAUCGCUCCUCGUGGGUUGGCACCAGGAGAGAGGAGGACGUGGAUCAUGUUGCAGAAGUUUGUGGAGGGCUAUUUCAUCCACCCGGUGGGCUUCGAGGUCCUCGUUAACCACAAAGAUUUAGAUCAUGAAAAGUGGACGGUGGAGAAGGUGUGGUACAAUGGGCAGUAUUUCGACAGCGUGGAGGAGCUUGUGGAGAAGUACGAGAAGGGGAUGAUCGAUAAACUCAAGCUGCAGGAGCAUGACGAGGAGGAUCUUUUUUCAACCUUCAUUCCUCGUGGACACAUGAAUACACCGACGAACAUUCAUGGUGCAAAGCUUGUCGAACCCCAAGGCCGGAGAUUCCAGGUGGAUGGGAACUUUGUGGAAUAUGCCGGAUGGUCCUUUGCAUAUCGGGUUCGCUCUUCGGCCGGGUUGCAGAUCUUUGACCUUCGCUUCAACGGGGAGAGAAUUGCUUAUGAAAUCGCACUGCAGGAGGCCAUUGCCUUCUACUCCGGAGAUUCUCCGGCUGCCAUGCAGACCAAAUACAUUGAUGCCGGAUGGGCGAUGGGCACUUCGGAUUAUGAGUUGGCACCUGGGAUCGACUGUCCAGAAAUUGCUCAUUUUGUGGACCUUUAUCAUUACUAUGACACAGACAAACCUGUGCGUUACAGAAACGCACUUUGCAUUUUUGAAAUGACCACAGCGCUUCCUCUGAGGAGACACUUCAAUAGCAACUUCCAAGGAGGCUACAAUUUCUAUGGAGGCUUGGAAAACCAUGUUCUGGUGAUCAGAACUACAUCUACGGUGUACAACUAUGACUACAUCUGGGACUUUGUCUUCUACCAGAAUGGCGUAAUGGAGUCUAGAGUGAGUGUGACUGGGUACAUCCAUGCAACGUUCUUCACGGAAAAUGGACUGAACUAUGGAACCAGGGUUUACAACUAUGUUCUUGGCAACUUGCACACCCAUCUAAUUCAUUACAAAGUGGACCUUGACAUUGCAGGGAGGGACAACAGCUUUGAAACCAUUGAUCUGAAAUAUGUUAACUUUACCAACCCCGCAGCCCAGGACACUCCAUUGUGGAGCCCAGGACACUCCAUUGUGCAAUCAAAACUGCAUAGGACGCAGCAUGAAACUGAACGUAGUGCUGCCUUCCGAUUUGGCAAGAAGUUUCCCAAAUACUUGCACUUCUACAAUCCCAAACAAAACAACAAGUGGGGACAUAAGAAGGGCUAUCGGAUCCAGUAUAACUCGCAUGCUAACAGCGUUUUGCCCCGGGGCUGGAGGGAGGAAAAUGGUAUUACGUGGUCAAGAUACCCGUUGGCUGCAACCAGACACAAGGACAAUGAGGCCACCAGCUCUAGCAUCUACACUCAGCAUGACCCUUGGGAGCCUGUUGUUUCCUUUGAGGAAUUCAUUCGCAACAAUGAAAACAUAGUUAACCAGGAUUUGGUUGCCUGGGUGACGGUGGGAUUCUUACACAUUCCUCAUUCUGAAGACAUUCCCAACACAGCGACUCCAGGAAACGCAGUGGGAUUCUUUCUGCGUCCCUUCAACUUUUUCGACGAGGACCCCUCGCUCGCGUCCCGCAGCACGGUCAUCGUGCGACCAGAUGAGAAGGGCCAGCCGAAGGUUCAGAGAUGGACUCCAGAGGUCGUAGGUCACUGUGUCUCAGACAAGCCUUUCUUCUACAAUGGUACAUAUGCUGGCGUCUAGACAGAGACUGAGCUCAUUUCAUUUUGUGUUAGUGUGUUUGUGCUGUAUAUUAAAUUAUAAAAAGCUGAAAUCUGUGAAAUAAAAUGCUGAUGGUGUCAAAUAUUUACAAUCAUAAAAAAUCGAGUGUACCGUAUUACAGGGAGCUGAACAAAUAAACCUCGAAUGCUUUAAAUUUGGAACUAAAAAACCUCACAAGCUUCUGCCAUUUUU